AUGAGGGCACAGAGGCGUGACUACAGCUCUGGAACCAGCCGAGACUACAAUGCCGCCGUGGCUGCGCUCAACGGACUUCAGAGCAACUUCUCCAUCGUAGAGGCAAUACGAAAAGCAGGGCCUGGAUCGAACAGCCGCUCCAUUCCAGACAUGAUCAAUUGGGUCCGACGGAUCGGAUAUGAGCCCGCCGACUUCGACAAGCUGAAUCCAAUCCACAUCGCUGGAACGAAAGGAAAAGGCUCGACAUCCUCUUUCAUUUCCUCCAUCCUUGCACAGUAUCUUCCAACGAAGCGCAGUAUACAUGCCGAGAGAUUGCCGUCAACAGUGGGCUUGUACACCUCACCACAUCUUCGAUUCGUGAGGGAACGUAUCAAGAUCAACAAUGAGCCCAUAUCAGAGGAGUUGUUCGCGAGAUGCUUCUGGGAAGUCUGGGAUCGCUUCGAAGCUACCAAACCUCCGGCAGGCCAGGCGGAUCCCAGAGCGAUACAGGACAAGCCCGUCUACUUCCACUACCUGACAUUGAUGGCACUCCAUUGCUAUAUGAAGGAGAACGUCGGCACCUCGGUCAUCGAAUGCGGGAUCGGCGGUGAGUAUGAUACUACUAACAUAUUGGUCAGGCCUUCAGUGACUGGCGUUACGAGCUUGGGCAUUGAUCAUGAAGCGUUGCUGGGCGACACGAUUGAAUCCAUCGCAUGGCACAAAGCCGGCAUCUUCAAGGAUGGCGUGCCAGCCUUCACAGCGCCCCAACUGGAGCCAGCCUUGAAAGUGCUGUACGACCGAGCAAAGGAGCGAGGAGCUGAACUUUACGUAGUGCCGCUGCACGAACAAAUCCAGUCGAUCGAUCUCGGAUUGCAAGGAGACUUCCAAAACGUGAAUGCUUCCUUGGCCAUCGCCGUGUCUGCGGCACAUCUACAACGACUUGGAUUUACAGGCGUCCCCAGUCCAUUCGACAAAGCUUCGAAACUGCCAGAGGAGUUCGUCAGAGGGCUGGAAACGACACGACUGGGAGGUCGCUGUGAGAUGCGGCCAGAUCCCUCGUCUUCGAAGCUUACAUGGUACAUCGACGGUGGGCAUACGCUGGAAAGCAUCGAUGUCGCAGGACGUUGGUUCGCGAAUCAAUCUGCAAGAUCAGAAAGCAAAGGGGCCAUGCGAAUACUGAUCUUCAAUCAACAAACUCGGGAUGCAUCAUCGCUCGCGAGGCGUCUGCACGAAACGCUUUCGACAGCUCUACGAGACAGGCAACCUUUCCGACAUGCGAUCUUUUGCCCCAACACGACAUAUAAGAAGGCAGGCUACAAAGCCGAUCUCGUGUCCAUCAACACCAACAAAGACGAUGUGAACAGUCUUCGCGUACAGCAGGAGCUCGCAAAGACGUGGGAUGGAAUCGACCCACAGUGUGAAGUAGCCGUUGUUGGGACGAUCGAGGAGGCCGUUGCGAAGGCUCGAUUGCUAGCUGGUCAGCAGAAGGCAGAGGUCUUGACCACGGGAAGCCUGCACUUGGUCGGCGGCUUGAUUGAGGUCCUGGAGAGCGAGGCAGAGACAGCGGCAAAGUUAUGA